UUAUAUAUUGUCUCAUGAGCAGUGUUCGUGUCACGAUCGGAUCAAUACAAAACCUGCUUCCACACUGUGUUAGAAAUCACUGUCUCACUUCUCUCUCUAAUUUCCAAAGCAUGAUAAUCAUUCGACGGAGCGAGUGAGUGAGAGAGAAGAAUCAAUCACACAGAAACCAAAACCAAGCACAGACAGCGUGCGCUCUUCUUGUGAUUUGUGUUGCAAGCAAACCAACCCUCAAUAAAUUACUUCCACACUUUCUUCUUCUUCACUCCAAUUCCAAAUCAACACAAGGUUUGCUUUGCUUAACUGGAGCCAGAUUCUGAAGAUGAUUUCAUCCUAAUAAAUCUAAUGAUGCUGGAAUAAAAAACACUCUUUUAUUGGUUUCUGGGUUCUCUCAAGAUUUGGUUUUUAAUCGAGCUGAAUGGUUUUGUGUGAUCCGAGUAGCUGACUUUGCUUAGUGAAGUAAGGCUUUUGUUUUUGUUGUUGUAUUGAUUUCAGGGUCGGUUCAUAUAUUAUUUAAGUGUUAACAUAAGAACAUUUAUUCAUAGUUGAACUUGUUAGUGCAACUGUGGUGGUUGGUGAGAGAAUGUCUAGGCCUCUGCAAAGGGGUGUGUCUGGUGGGGUUAGGGUCCCUGAGAGUGGCCAUGACUUGUGGGACUCCCAAUCUAAGGAUAAAACAGAAAAGGAAGAUUUGGAUAAGAGGGGUUCUUCAGAUCAUAGCCCUUUUGCUUUGAGGUUUCCUUUGAGAUUGAUUUUGGGAAAUAAUUCUGAUUCAAAAUAUGGGAAUGGCAUAGUUGAGAAUGGUUUUGCUUCUGAUCCCUUCAGUGUUGGCACCCCACGAAGCCGGCUCAAGUUGAUGUUGCUUUCUUUGAAGUUUAGUUUAGUGUUUAUAGUUGUUCUGGCUCUUACUGGAUCUUUUUGGUGGACCUUAUCGAUUUCAUCCUCAUCAAGAGGUCACAUUUACCAUGGUUAUAGAAGACUUCAAGAGAAGCUUGUUUCUGACCUUUUGGAUAUUGGUGAGUUUUCUCGCGGUCCAUUGAGGUUGAAGGAAUCGGAGUUCUGUUCUCAGGAAUUUGAAAACUUUGUUCCUUGCUAUAAUGUUUCUGAGAAUGUUGAAUUGGGAGUUUCUGAUGUCAAUGAAUUUGACCGACAAUGCGGCCAUGAGCCUAGGCAGAAUUGUUUAGUUCUGCCGCCACUGAAUUAUAAAAUUCCCUUUAGGUGGCCUACUGGAAAAGAUGUUAUCUGGAUUGCGAAUGUGAAGAUCACUGCACAGGAGGUUCUUUCUUCUGGAAGCUUGACAAAGAGGAUGAUGAUGCUGGAUGAAGAGCAAAUUUCAUUUCGUUCUGCCUCUCAUAUGUUUGAUGGUGUUGAAGACUACUCACAUCAAAUUGCUGAAAUGAUUGGACUUAGAAAUGAAUCUUCAUUCAUUCAAGCUGGGGUUCGAACUAUACUAGACAUAGGUUGUGGUUAUGGUAGUUUUGGAGCACAUCUCUUUGACAGUCAGCUUUUAACUAUGUGCAUUGCAAAUUAUGAGCCUUCUGGCAGUCAAGUUCAGCUCAGUCUCGAGAGAGGUCUUCCAGCUAUGAUUGCCUCUUUCACUUCAAAGCAGUUGCCAUAUCCAUCGCUAUCCUUUGAUAUGUUACAUUGUGCAAGAUGUGGCAUUGAUUGGGAUCAGAAAGAUGGCAUUUUCUUGAUUGAAGCUGAUAGACUCUUAAAACCGGGUGGAUACUUUGUCUGGACAUCACCACUCACAAAUGCUCGUAACAAAGAGAAUCAGAAAAGGUGGAGGUUUAUACAGGACUUUACAUUGAAUCUGUGCUGGGAAAUGUUGUCGCAGCAAGAUGAAACUGUUGUAUGGAAGAAAACUAGUAAAAAAAGUUGUUAUGCUUCAAGAAAGACUCGUUCUGGCCCUUCUCUGUGUGGUAGAGGUAUUGAUGUGGAGUCUCCAUAUUAUCGAGAACUACAAAACUGCAUAGGAGGAAUACAGAGCCGUCGUUGGGUUCCAAUUGAUAAAAGGGAAAGAUGGCCUUCCCGGGCUAACUUGAACAAGAACGAGUUGGCAAUCUAUGGGUUGCAGCCUGAUGAAUUUACUGAGGACUCUGACAGCUGGAGAACAGCAGUCCAGAAUUAUUGGUCACUCCUGUCACCUUUAAUAUUUUCUGAUCAUCCAAAGAGGCCCGGAGAUGAGGACCCUUCACCACCUUACAACAUGUUCAGAAAUGUGCUAGACAUGAAUGCUCAUCUUGGUGGCUUUAAUUCUGCAUUGUUGCAAGCUAGAAAGUCUGUGUGGGUGAUGAAUGUGGUCCCAAUAAGUGGACCCAAUUAUCUUCCCUUGAUCCAGGACAGAGGUUUUGUUGGCGUUUUGCAUGAUUGGUGCGAGGCUUUUCCAACGUACCCUAGAACCUAUGACUUGGUGCAUGCAGCAGGACUUCUAUCGCUUGAAACUGAGCAGCACAGAUGCACCAUACUUGAUCUGUUCAUUGAAAUUGACAGGAUACUUCGCCCAGAGGGUUGGGUUAUAAUUCGCGAUACGCUUCCCUUGAUAGAGUCAGUUAGAGCUCUAACAGCACAACUGAAGUGGGAUGCAAGAGUGAUAGAAAUUGAAAGUGACAGUGAUCAGAGACUCUUGAUCUGCCAGAAACCUUUCUUUAAGAGACAGGCAAGCUAAUUAGUUGAAGGCCUGAAGAAAUUAGACUUUUAUAUACAUGUAUUCAUUUCCAUAAUGUUCAUUUAUAUACAAAGUGGGGGUUGAAAAUUUUGGAGAUAAAAAGAAACAAUAUAUAGAGGAAACAGUGUAUCCUUGUCAAUGAUACCACCACAUCAUCUAUGUAACCGUAAGGUGUACAUAGGGCCAUGUAAUUACCAAACAAGCCACAGAGCAGAUGAGAAAGUAGUAUACUGGUAGGUUUACUUUUCCAUGUGAUGUCUGAUUAGAGUUAUACAGAAACAAUAUUAAGAUUGGAUUAUUGGAAACAUGAUGAUAGAAUAAGUUAUUGUUGUAAAAUGCUCGGUGCAUGUUUGGAUUUCAGUUGAGAGAAUUCAAUAGUACUUUUAGUAAGCAAUAAACUUUUCCUUCUUCAUUUGUGUAUUGAAUUCGUUAAAGUACUUUUACAAUGUUUAUAGGUUCUUGGAUGUCUCUUCUCUUGUAUAAACUUGGCAAAACUCUUCUGUAUAAUUUGUCAAUGUUCAUAUUGUGAAAUCAAAAUCAUAUUGUUCAUCAGUC